AUGCGUGCCGUUGCCGGCAAGGUGCUCGCCGCCGAAAUCGUCUCGUUCCUGAACGGCACCAUCACCGGACAAGGCAAGAGCAAGUUCGGCGUCCAGUUCGGCGCCUACGCCACCUUUUCUUCCUUCUUCGGUCUCGCCGACUUGCCCGUGACCAACCCUGACUUCUACGGCAUGACUGAUUACGCCUCGUCCAUGGCUUUCGAGCUCGUCACCAAUGCUUCUACGUCGCCUUUCCCUGCUGCCAGUGAUAUUUCUGUUCGCUUCUUGUUCCACAACGGCACUACCAACUCCAGCAGCCCGCCUGUUGCUUACCCUCUCUUCGGCACUGGCAAUGAACUCACCCCUUGGAACGACUUUGUCACUUCUAUGGACAAGUUCAGCAUUGGCAACACUCAGGCUUGGUGUACUGCUUGCGGCAACAGCACCGGUACCUGUGCUGCCUAUGCCCCUGCCUCUUCCUCUGGCAGCAGUGGCUCCAGUGUCCAGAACAAGGCCAAGAGCGGCAAUGGCUUGAGCCCUGCCGUCAAUGGUGUUAUUGGUGCCAUGGUUACCUUGGCUGUUGUGCUCGGUCUCGAGGCUUUGGUGCUGUUGGUCGGUGGUCUCAGGGUCGUUAGCAAGAAGACCCUUGCUGCUGGCGCUGUUACCGCAGAGACCAUUAGCGGUGGCAAGGCUGCGUAG